UGGUGUUUGCUGAAUCAGAAGAGACCAAGAGUCAAAUGUGUAACUUUGUGCUUUAAGUCAAAGUAAAUGUAAUGUGUGUUGUAUUUGUCCAGUAGAAAGAAGAACACAAGUAUAUGUAUGUUGGAGAGGAAGCAGUUGUGAAGAAAGAUAACAAACGAAGUAAUAAGUGUCAGGAAUGCUGGAUGUCAGACAAUCUCAGGUUGGAGAGCAAAUGUGCAAACAUGGCCCUGAAGGUUUCUGUUGCUUACAAAGGCUGUAAGGCAACUGACUGUGGUCAUCUACAGAGCAGUGAGAUCAUCAUGAGGGGAACAGGAAGUACAAAGAAGAACUUCUUCCCUGAUGUGAAGACCAUCCCAGCUCCACAAAAAAGCCCUACAGAGGCAAUGGCCAACCCAAAUAUUUCUCCUUUUCAUUUCGUUAAUUCGCAAAGAGGAGGAAGCAGCAUCUAUUUCCCAGAAAUUUCUGGAGUGCCCCAGAGGAAGCAAUAUAAACCUCAAGUCUCUCAAAACCUGAGAAAAACUGGCACGGGCACAACAUUAGCAGCACUGCUGAAGGCCACGGAUGGAAAAAAUGGUGGAAAGUCAACAGGCAGACUCCUGGAUGAAGGUCAGCGAUGCAGCAAAUCUCGGUUCCCUUCUCUGGUUGUAGAGCCACACACCAAGAGCAGUGCUGUGAGUGUGAAGGCUGAUCACACUCCACCAGCUCCAUCCAUCUCAAGGCUACCCGCCCUCCACCCAAAGCUGGCUGCUCUCAAACAGAAAAGCCCCAAGCCUGCUGUGACCCUGCAUGUCCCCCACAAACAUGUCAGGGAAGUCCCAGGAAAGGUGCAGGACAAGCACAGUGAGGUGAACUCCACAUUUUACACCAGGCCAGAAGUGGGUGAGGUCCUCUACCAGGACCUGGAGAGGCUAACGUCAGCCCGUCAGUGUGCCUCCAAGGUCGAAGCUUCCCAGCACCAGCAUGACCUGAGCUGCCACAAACCGCUGCUCAUCAGGAGGGCGACCUUGCAUAAGGUAGAGAGCGGAGCUGGGCGCGCAGCUCCGCCUGCCCCCUCCCUGGUGCCACGUCGCAACCGUGUGCCCCGGCCGUGCAAGAAUGAGCAAAAAACCAAGAGGCAGGACAAGGAGAAGGAACUGUGGGCUUGA